AUGCACAAUCAACCACCGCCUUCUUCCUCCGGGGGCAUACAGCCACCCGGGGCACCAGCUGCAAACCCUAACAAUCAACUCAUAUAUUGGGAUGCAUCGAUCGCCCCAAACCCCUCUGUCCCCCAAUUCAACGACGAGUCCAGAGACCCCGCUGGUAUCUGGUCCGUAGGGGGCAGCACGACGGUGUCUCUAUCAGGCCACCAGGUAGCCCUAGACGAUGACACCAGCUUUCGCUCCACCCUAUCUCGUCACUUCUAUGCCGACAUUGACACCACACACACGGAUAUACUUCUCAUAAUCUGUGCUUUUGUCAGCGGCCUCGUCGACGGUCUCGCCUUCAACGCUUGGGGCAGCUUCGCCAGCAUGCAAACAGGCAAUGCCGUCUUUCUCGCCCUUGGCGUCUCGGGCCAACCAUCCCGGCCAGAAUACCGCUGGGCCAAAUCACUCAUCUCCCUCGCAACAUACAUGCUAAGCAGCAUCACAUUCAUCCGCGUCUCACGCGCCCUCGGCCCCCGCCGGCGCUCGACAAUGGUCCUCUCCUUCGGCGUCCAGACCGCCCUGCUCUUCAUAGCGGCCAUGCUAAUCCAAUGCUCCGUCGUCAGCCCCGAGCCCGAAGACCUGAGCGCCCCCAUGGAAUGGAUGCAAGCGCUCCCCAUCGCCCUGCUGGCCUUCCAAGCCGGCGGGCAAAUCUGUGCUUCGCGCACCCUGGGCAUAGACGAGAUCCCCACGGUCGUGCUCACCACGCUCAUCUGUGACCUGCUAGUCGACCCACACCUGCUGGCAAAGACUAACCAUAAGCGCAACCGGCGGGCCGCUGCCUUUUUGGCGCUGUUCGUGGGUGCUAUGACUGCCGGUGGGCUGACGAAGAUCACGGAGAUGGUGGCUAGCUUGUGGUUCGCGAUGGGCCUGAAGUUGGGGAUCACGAUAGCUUGGCUUGUUUGGAAGCCUGCUCGGGGGAGGAAGAAGGAUGUUGAGGGUUGA